AUGCAUCUUCAGUACUUUGAUUCUGACAUCUGUUGCUCGGUUAAAGAUGGCAGACGGGAGGUCCGGAGGGCGGGGAGAGAGGAGGGAGCUUUGGGGUCCAUGCAGGUCCUGCUGGGUCUGAUAGACGCCAGUCCCAACCAGGAGAAAUGGGAAAUCUUCUAUAAGGCUCUGAAAAAUAACGAUUUUGAACACGUGAUCACUGCCCUGAAAUAUGAAAAGAUUCCCCAGACUGUACGGAAAGUGUAUUCCGAACUUUUACUACAACCUGAAAACGUCAAGCAAUUGCAUGGCCUCCUGGGCCCUGAUUCGCAAAAGAAAUUGGUAGAAAGAAAUGUGCUAUUUAAUGAAGACAUUGAUAAUAUUUCAUCAGAAAGAGAAAUGACCGGAAGUGACACAGCCGCCGUUUUGGUACUUUUGGACAGACUGUGGAGAAAAAACACGAAGUGGAUUGAGGAGUUGUCGAACAUUUUCAAAUUGAAGGAUGACGUCUUCUCUCAGAAGCUUUUUCUGUAUUGUGCAGGUGCGGAAGAAACACAACCAAAGGAAGUUUCUAACGUUGUCAAGGAAGACAAAGGCGUCAAAAUAAAAUAUGAUAGGAACCAAAGGCAGAAAGCCAAGCCUGAACAAGAAGAGACUGAACCAAAAACACUGCUACAGACUGACACCCAGCCAAUGCACGUGGCAUUAGGAACAUCCGAAAACAAUCAGGAAAAUGAUACAAAAAGUAGUUUCUUCACUUUUUUCAAGGAAGAAAGCACCAGUCUCUCAAACUUACCCACGGAAGUUGGAAUAGAUUUGUCCUCUAUGUUGGAGGACAGCGCGGAGAGGCUUGAACAGAUUUUCGUUAAAGAUUCCAAAACUGGAGAAUUCAAACCAUUUAGGGAGAUCGUACGGAGCCAGUACAGAGCUUACGAAGAGUUUGAUAUAGGAAAUUUUUUUCAAAUAGAUGCCGAUCUUGACGCCACCGACGAGGUGACUACAGGGGAUAUUGAUCAGAUAGCGUUGGAUUUGGACGCUAGUGUGGAGCGAUCCCGGCUCCUGAACGACUCGGCGAUGUACAGGGAGAAAGACUUGGAAGAUACUGAUAUCAUAUUGAUAGUUGGGGGAUACUCUGAAUGUCCAAUGCUUCAAAAAGAAAUACAGAAGGAGUUUCCAAACAAGGCAAUUGUUAAUGCGCGAAAUGGCAGCACUGCCGUGAUGAAGGGAGCAGUGUUGUUUGGACACAGAGCUGAGAUUAUAGCUCGAAAAAGGAUAGAACAGGGGCAUCAGCUCGAUAAUUUUGGCGAGUUCCCUCGUUGUGUAGUUCGGAGGAGUAUGGCCUACUAUGGUGUCGCCGCCGAUCUCCCCUUUGUCGAUGGUGAACACCCUCUGGUUUGUAAAUAUACCAAUGAAGAGGGAAAAACGAUAUGUUCGGGCAUUUUUGAUUGCCUCAUAAAACGAAAUCAAGAGCUUGAAAUAGGGAAGACAAGCAUAGAGAAGACAUUUAGAUCGUUUAAUUCUUCCCUGAUAAGUGUAGAAAUUUAUCGCUCAUACAAAGAAGUGCAGUACUGCCACGAAGAAGGAUGCGAGAAAAUUGGUCACAUUCUUGUCAGGGUUUCUGAUGAUGCACGUGACAAAAGAUUGUUUAAAUUCAAGCUAAAUUUUGGUUUCACGGAACAAAUUGCAACAGCCAUUGAUUUAAAAACACAAAAAUCGUGGAAAGCCAAACUCGAUUGCUUUUUGUAGAACACAAUCUUACGCGUUAUUUUGUAGAAUAAGUCGGUAGCCUUAGUAUUUUAAAUCUAUAUAUCUCAAAUGUAACUUAGUAUGUAAUAUUUAGAAAACGUUACAGAUGGUUGCAAUUGUUUUCAUCUGCAGAUAAACGCAUUUUCAUUUACAGACUUCCUAAAACUAUGUUAUUUUGUACAAAUAUAGCUUUUAUUCCUUUGGUGUUUUUUAAAGAAAAUUAUUAGCUUUUGUCCAAAUCAGUUAUGAAAUAUUUGGCGAAAAAUAUGAAUUACAUAAGUAAGCUAAUCCUGAAUGAGCGAAAAACGAUGGUUUUGCACGAGAGACCAGUUGAUAAAACUGUCUUGUGAAACUGUCAUCAAUUCUAAAGAUAUUUUUUCCCAAUUCACCAAUUCAUCAACAAGACAGCGAAACUCAUUCAUUUUAGCGGUAUGAUACGACGAUCAUGCUAUGAAACCAUGCCGUUGUGAACUGAUGUAUGCAUAAAUAUGAUUAGGAAAGGAGUUUCCCUUUAAGAGAAUCUGAAAGAUUUAACUUGAAUAGGGCACUUGAAUUAGCAGUGACCUAGGCAAUCCUUUGUCCAACUAGGUCUUUGAUUGAAAGAGUAAUUUUGGUUUAAAAAAGAAUAUGGAAAUAAUAGUCUGGAUUAUCUUUAA